UUCCGAUGUCAAUGUAAUCAAACGGUUGAAUCAUAAUGCCAUCCUUCUAAUUUUCAAUACGAGUUAAAUAGAUCUACUCAUUCAACUUAAACUACCUCUAAAAUACGCGCAUCUGAUUAGAUUUUAAGUAAAAUAAUAGUUGGGAUACUACUUAGAUCUAUUUGGUUUUCAAAAAUGGAAUCGGAAUACGAUCUUGAUUUCGAAAAAUAUAAUGAAAAUAUUUAUUAUGCCGAAAAAAGAAAAGGCUCUCUCACUCUUCGGUCAAAUCAAAUGAACUAUUCAAGAGCAAUACUGAAUUCACGCUGGCAUCAAGCUCGAGAAUCAGAACCCAAAGACUAUGACUUGAACAAACACCCCAUCAGAACAAUGAGCUUUUCUACUUAUAAGCGCAUUGGUAAUGACACAGAUGGUUCCUUACCAAAUACAACAUACCAAGACCAAGUAAACCAAAUAUAUCAAAAACCCCUGUAUGAGACAAGGGAUGUUUACAAACCACUGGUACAACCUGAGACUCUUGCUAGUGUUGUUGCAGGCAUUGACAGAGACACUCAUGAUCCUAAAGAAGCACUUGGUUCUAUUUUACCAUUUCAUAGUCCAGAUCACAACAAAUUUUACCUUGAUACAACAUACAACUCAGAUUAUGUUCCUCCUUAUCCAUUUGUUCAUAAAGAGACAGAGGAGAAAAAGCAGGUAAAUGAAGAGCCAGUUGAGGAGAAGACUAAAGCCUUCAAGAAGAUGAAGUCUCAGUUCACAGACACAGCAGACUACAAGCGCAAUGGCUGGAACACCUGGCAAGAUGAAAGUGGAAUUUAUGCCAAUUCUCACUACAAGGCUCAGGUCUUCCCAAAAACUGAAACUAUCCCUGAAAGAUUAGUUUAACACAUUCUCUUAUCUUUUCCUUAAUUUAAUUAAAAUGGUAACAGUAUUUUUUAUAAAUAAGUGCUAACUCUUAAUAGAAAAAAAUUACAAUUAUGUUAUUUAUUUUGAGGUUUAUUUUGAAUUAGAAUGUUAAAUUAGGACAUAAUUUGUCUAAGAAUUUAAAAACUUGGUUCUGAUUAAAACUAAGAAAAUGUUCUCUAAAUGUUUUUAUGAACUAAGUCAAUUUUGUAUAGGCUCACUGUAAAAACAUAUUUUUAUAAGCAUUCCUUUUAAUUUAUAUAUUUAUAAUUUUUUCAUGAAACCAAAUUGGAAAAGAAUUUUAAGACUAUCAGAGAUUUGAUUGUAAUCAGUGUACAUUUUGAUGCUACUUUUAGCGAUUCAUACAACAUCACUAAAGUCAAAUUUUCUUUUAGGAUUUUUUUAGGAUGCUUAUACAUUUUUUCACUGAUGUUCAACUACUUGCCAGAUAAAAAAUGUAUUUAUUGACUAACAAUACUGUGAUAUAAUUUUGUAUAGGCUCACUGUAAAAACAUAUUUUUAUAAGCAUUCCUUUUAAUUUAUAUAUUUAGAAUUUUUUCAUGAAACCAAAUUGGAAAAGAAUUUUAAGACUAUCAGGUAUGACAUCAGAGAUUUGAUUGUAAUCAGUGUACAUUUUGAUGCUACUUUUAGCGAUUCAUACAACACAAAAGUCACAUUUUUUUUUAGGAUUCUGACAUGCUUAUACAUUUUUUUCACAGAUAAAUGUUAGGCUACUUGCCAGAUAAAAAAUGUAUUUAUUGACUAACAAUACUGUGAUAUUUUAUACACUUUAUACACUGUGAUAUGUUUGAUUGUCUUUAUGCAUAAUUGCUAUUGAUAACCCUGAAUGAGAAUCCCAAGUCAUACAACCUCUGUAUAUUGUUGCCAUAGAAACCGACUCCAUCCAGCCCACCCAGCUCAAAAGGGCACACUAGUUGUGCAUGAAAACCAUCAUCUAAAAUAAAUGUGAUCUAUGUGACUUCCAGUAUAUCUGACAGCCGUGCUAUUUACCACUAAACUUGAUACUCAUUAAGGAGCUUAAAACAU